AUGUCGCACCCACUUGAUGAAAUGACACCGGUUUUGUUGAAAAUACCAGGGGCUUCUGGUACAUCACCCCGGAUGUGUUUUGCAAAUGAUGCAAAUCAGAAAAUUGUGGGUGUUGUUGAAAACCUCGGCCUAGUCGUCACCGUCAACAAGCUGUCUGGUCUUCACUCUGUCUGGCGCAUUGAAAAGGCCCAGGUUGAAGACUACGCUCAUCUUUAUCUAAUUGACGAGGACGGCCGUAUUACCGUGGCGCCCGAGGCUUUAACUGUCGUCGACGAGCAAUCCCUCACUGCUCCUCUCGACUUGGGUCCAGCUGUGCUGUCUACACCAAUCGACACCAAGGGGGCAGCAUCUUCAGCCUCUCGUCAGGCAACGCCGCUUCAGCAUCGUUUUCAGCAUCUUUCUCUCGUCUCUUCCCCCUUCCUGAGCCCAUUUAGAGCCUCAUUGCAAAAGCUUAAAUACGGCACAACGUCCUCUUUGCAACCACACACCUCAAUAAUAAAUGAUUCGGCUAGCGAUGACAGUGUCGAAAACCUCACCGGGCCCGGUAUAUCACCUCAGCCCGUUGAUCUAGACGAACACAUUCGACGUCUCUCCGCUGUGAGCUUUGUACCUCCGCCUAGAUCCAUGGACGAUACCCACCAUCCUGUUUCUCAGCAGAAUUCUGUAUUUGCGAUGGAGACAGUUCAGUCUUUCCGAAGAAAUCGACGCAAUUCUAAAAGCAGUGGAUUAUUUACUAAACCGCGAAGCAGACAAAAUUCUCUGACACUGGGUUGCUCCACAAUCCCCGGGGUGUUCGCGACCUCCUCACAUCCCGAGUGUCUCUCGCACAUCGGCGAACUGCAGGCACUCCAACUGGGCUUGGAUGAGCCCCUCCUGCCCAAGGUCUGUCUCACGUUGCUGUGGCGGGAACAAGCGCACGAGCCGGACGACGUGGAUCAGGCCACGGAGACACCGCGCCCCCGCAUCGCCGGUGCGUUGUGUGAUUGGCCCCCUCCCCCCCUCCCGUCUAGCCCCCAUCCCCUUAUACACUAA